AUGCAUGAGGCACCUAUCAUACCCCAGCCUCCCCCUCAGAGACCAGGCAACAAGCAUAUGCCUAACACAGGUGUCUUCUGUCGCUUUCAUCAGUUCGGUGGCCACGAUACCGAAUCUUGUGUUGCCUUGCGCAACAUCAUUGAAGGACUUAUUCGUGAGGGGAAGCUGAAAAAAUACGUGCACAACCUCCCACCCCCACCUAACCCUCACCAACAGCAGAUCAACAUGAUCUCAACCAUCAGUGGUGGCCCUACCAUGGCUGGAACCUCCAGCAACUCCAUUAAACAUUAUGUCCGCUCCACCUAUGCGCACCAGGUCUUCAGCACUGAGCAGGGACGCCUGCCGAAUACACAAAAAUUAGGCUGGGCCCCCAUUACAUUCUGCGAUGAGGAGUGUGGCGUUAUCCUCCCUAAUGAUGACCCAAUCAUUAUCCACGCCGACAUUUCUAACUUCGACGUUGGGCGCAUCUUGGUAGACACUGGCAGCUCGGUCAGUGUGAUGUUUGCUGAUGCUUUCAACGAGGUCAAGGUCCCGUCUCAUUUGCUCGACUGA